AGAGGAGGCGUCGGGGGCGCGCCUUUCGCAUCGGCUGCUGCUUCUCGCACCCAGUGUGGGCUACUGACAGCCAGCUGUGCGGCUACACGACGACGACAAGAACAGCUGCGAAUCCACUGCCCUCCAACAUUUAACGCUCCACUCCUCCAGUGCGCGUUUGGGAGGCGAAUAAAGCUCAAGGAGAGAGAAGAGAGGAAGAGGAAGACAGAAAAGGGCUCGUUUCGUCGUCGGUUCCUGUGCUAGCUUUGCUAAAGACGAGCAUUCCUCCGACAUGAAUCCGCUGUGUAGCAGAUGUAAUCUCGUCGUCUACCCCACGGAAAAAAUCAAUUGUCUGGACAAGUACUGGCAUUCGAGAUGCUUCCGCUGCGAGACCUGCAAUAUGUCUCUAAACAUGAAGAAUUACAAAGGUUUUGCCAAGAGACCAUACUGCAAUGCACACUACCCCAGGGCAAACUUCACCUGCGUGGCUGACACUCCAGAGAACAUCCGUCUCAAACAGCAGAGCAAGAUGCAGAGCCAGGUUCUCUACAAGGAGGAUUUCGAAAAGAAUAGAGGGAAAUCCUUCACCGUGGUCACAGACACGCCAGAGCUGCAGAGACUCAAGAAAUCACAGGACCAAAUCAGCAAUAUCAAGUACCAUGAGGAGUUUGAGAAGAGCAAGACUCCACACCUCCAGGAGGACUUUGAGAAGACCAGGAUUCACCAACAACAGCAUCCAGGCAACACUCCUUCAGCCGCAGCUUACCAGCCCUCUGCCGCACCUCAGAACUACCACUAUGACCCUGCUCCUGAGCCUGUGCGUCCGGCGGCCGCCGCACCGCCUCCAAGCGCCGGGAAACGGUACCGGGCGGUGUACGACUAUGCCGCCGCCGAUGAAGACGAGGUCUCCUUCAUUGACGGCGACGUGAUCGUGGACGUGCAGCAGAUCGACGAGGGUUGGAUGUACGGCCGCGUGGAGCGCACCAACCAGCAAGGGAUGCUGCCCGCCAACUACGUGGAGGCAAUUUGAGAGGGAGAGAAAGAGGAAGAAAGGAGAAAGAAGAGGUAGAGAAAAGGAGGGAAAGGAGUUUAAAAAAAGAAAAAAAAAAAGCCCAGUGCCAUUUCAUCUUAAAUGCCGCUUCUCUUGAUUUGCUCCCCCCUUCGCCGAUCCCUUUCUCGCUGUUCAGCUCGCUAACCUCAAGCCUUCUGUCUUAAAUUUUUUCUGUCUCUAUGUGCUGAUGUUUUGUCUCUUUGGAUGUCGCUCAUCAUCCUUCCCCUUCAUCGCGUUACGGGAGUCAGCUCAAUCCUGGCGAUAGCACUUAACAUUCCCCCCAGCGCAACAUGAAGCAAAAAUGCAAGGGAAAAAAAAUCUAUGGAAAGUCUCCUCUAAAUCAUUGCGCACAGAUGGUGUUUUAUUUGUGUUGCGUGUGUUUCCUCCGCAAGACUGGAAGAUAAAUUUAAUCUCAGUUGCUGGAAUACUUGUACAUUUGUGCAUUCCUUUGAUCUCUGAACCCUCGGAUCAGCCAGCUGUCCGUCCUAACAGCGUUUCAGUCUUAAUGUAUUUAUAGAUCUGAUGUGACGCACUGCAUUUUGGGUAAUGUUGUUCAACUGGAAUCCUGAGCUCCUGCUGUUGUCAUUAGUUUUUUUUUUUGUUUUGUUUUGUUUUGUUUUGGUGUCAGACAGACACAAAAGGGAUCAGGGCUAAGAUGGGGAAGUCCUACACACAAACAAAAUGUUAGACACCUGACUUCUGCUUCCCGUGAUGCGACAUCCCCCCGCUACAAAAUUAGCAAACACAGCACAACUAUGUAUUGUGACACCUUUUAAAACUUUUUAUUCCAUCGCUACAACAUUCCAAUCUUUAUUUUCCUGUGAGAUGUGAAUUAAUGUCUUUGACUUAUUUACCAACCCACUUCUAUCUCGUGCUUGUUUUUCUUUUCUCUUUUUUGCCUUUUUUGUUGUCGUGAUUGUAAAAUGUUUAUUUUGAACAGGAAAAAUUGUCAAGUGUAUUAAAUGAAUAAACCAGCAACGCAAUUUCUGAAGGUGGAGGAGUUUAUAUAAAAUGUAAACCAAAAAAACAAACAAAACAAAAAAAAGGUAGUGGGAGUUGGAUAAGGGAUGGAUUGAGCGGAAUGCUAACAGCUAAUAUCAAUGGGGUGCCCGAAAACUGACAGCAAGCGUAUGAUUAGUUGGAUUUGUAGUUAUGACCAUUUAUCGGUGUGACCAGUCUCUGACAAUGGCGUGUGAUUGAUUUGGGGGUGCAGUUUUCUGGCAUUGCUCUCACGACAUAGCUAGUUGACAUUUGUACAAUUGUGUCAUAAUAGACGUCAUGGUGCGUCAGGAAUUUUUCUACUAUGUGUAUGAUGGUGACAAAAGGAAUCGUGGGGGGUCUUAAUUUUAUCAGUCAAAUUCAUGUUUUUAGACUUACAUACGCAAGUUCAGAACAUUUUAAGCAUGCACAGCCUCCUACUGGUCAUCAUAGAAACUUGUUUGGCCGUCAGGGACAGCAAACAGCUCGUGUUUAAAUGAACGGGUUGGUAGGUCAGUAAAAUCGCUAUGUCAAGCUAGCAUAAAACAACCAAUAUGAACUUGGUCACAAAAAAUGUUACUAGUAACUCUUCAGCUAGCAUUUCACUGGUCAAUAAGUCUGUCCGCCAACCAAGCAUCGCACCACGAUGACUAUUAAUACCAACUUUGUCACAAAAAAUGUGUUACUUGUAGCUAAUACGGUGUCAGCUAGCGUUUUAGUGGUUGGCAAGUCUGUAGCACUAAGACCACCAUAAAUAUGAAUAUAGUCCCCGAAAAUGUAACUCGUAGCAUGUCAGCCAGCGUUUCCUUUGUUCAAAGGCCAGUCUGUCAAGCUAGUGUAGCACUAUGACAGCCGAAAAUACAAACUCUGUCCCCAAAAAUGUCACUUUCAACCAGUCAGGAGUCAACUAGCGUUUGAGAUGUUGGCAAGUCAGUCUGUCGAGCUUGCGUAGCAUUAUGACAGCAAUUUUUUUUUAUUUUGCAUCCAUUUACACAACUACUUCCCUAUGCUGAAAACAUGCACUGUGACAGGGGAAUUGUCAGCGCGAAAGAGUAGAUCACAAUUUUUGUUUCCUGAAUUAUCACAUUUCUGGUGACUUGCGCUACUUCGGAAAGUCCUUGUAACUACAGUAAUUGCCUGGCAGCUAGCUCCAGGCUAGUGUAGCAGUACAAUAACCAUUUUUCUGUGUACGUAUUUUCCGAUCAAACUCUAUCCUCGUUCUCAAACCCAACAUUGUGGCUGAGGGUUGUCAUUUAAAAAAAAAAAAAAAAAAGUCUGAGAACAAGUAACGUGUCGGCAUGCAUUUGAUUGUGCAAUCAAAUGCAUGCCGACACGUUAUUUGUUCCCCGACAUAGGCUUUGAUUGGUUGUUAGAUCCAUCCGUCAGGCUUUACGUAGCACUUUGACAACUGUUUUUCUUUGUAGUCAUCUCUGAAAGUAUUCUUAAUCAAACACACUGCGAUGAGGGCAUGUUUUAUAAUAUGGUCAGAGGGAGUAAUAGGAUUUUUUUUUUUUUAAAAUUAGGGUGUUAAAAAAAAUUUUUGAGACUUAAAUGACUGCUGUUUUAAAUUUUUGCUCAGAUUAGACGUUCGACUGUGUUUCACAAUUUGCCGUUUUGGAUGGAAUCAAAUGUCAUUCCUGACUCAUGAUUACAUUUUUAUGUUUUUUUUGGGCCCCUCUUCCGCUUUCUCUCGUCCAAGUUAUCCGUCCUCGCCUCUGCCAAGCCUUCACCGUCUGUGCUUCUGACCCAUCAUUCCAUGCUUCUCGUCAUUCCAAUUUGCCAGUAUAUGUACACGCCAUAUUAGGAAUCUCGUAAUCCCACAGGUGUAAGUUUGCAGACCAGUUUUGUGCAGCUCCAUGUUUUGUUUUUAAAUAUAAUUUUAUGAUUUUUUUUUUUUUUAAGGAAUAAAGAGCAUAUGCAUAUUGCCACAAAGUACAUGACAUUGUCGGAUGUUAGGACCUGAUAUCAUCUCCUGUCAGCACUUAAAACUGUACUUGAGGAUUCUGCAGAUUCAAUAAAAGUCAUUUUUCUCAAGA